UUUUUUGACCCCCUCUCUUCUUUUUCUUCUCUCUCUUUCUUUCUUUUCUUUUUUUCUUUUUUUAUUCACACACUCCAUUCUUCUCAUUCCUUUCCCCUCCACCUCCCUCCGAUUGUGUCUAUUCUUGUCGUCAUGGAGCAACUCCUCAAGUCACCUCAGGACUUUUUUAUUGAUUUUGCUAGGAACUUCGGUGUCCUCGCAGCUCCUUAUGUCGACCCUCUCGAGGCGGCAGUGAGGGGCCAGCUGGAGAAGCUUUUCCCCACAGCGGUUCAGCAUGUUGACCGGUUCCUGAGUGCGGUAGAAUCGCCCUUGGCAGUUCAAAAUCUUCCAUUGAUGAAUGGAUUUCAUGUAUUUUUGAUCGCAACCGCGUAUUUGGUGGUUGUCUUUUUGGGAAUGCAGAUCAUGAAACAUUUUGAACGAUUUGAGGUCAAGACUUUUUCAUUGCUUCACAACUUUGUCCUGGUUUCAAUCAGUGCUUACAUGUGCGGAGGAGUUCUUUAUGAGGCUUACAAGUCCAACUAUGGAUUGUUUGAGAACUUAGCGGACCACUCUAGCAAGGGAUUGCCUAUGGCCAAGAUGAUCUGGCUCUUUUACUUUUCCAAGAUCAUGGAGUUUGUUGACACGAUUAUCAUGGUCCUCAAGAAGAACAACCGCCAGAUCUCGUUCUUGCACGUCUAUCACCACUGCUCCAUCUUUACGAUCUGGUGGCUGGUCACUUUGGUUGCCCCCAACGGUGAAGCCUACUUCUCUGCCGCAUUGAACUCCUUCAUUCAUGUUAUUAUGUACGGCUAUUACUUCCUUUCAGCUCUUGGCUUCAAGCAGGUUUCCUUCAUUAAGUUCUACAUCACUCGCUCACAGAUGACUCAAUUCUGCCUGAUGAUGAUUCAGGCCUCGUGGGACAUGUAUUCCAUGAAGGUUUUGGGUCGUCCUGGAUAUCCCUUCUUUAUCACUGCUCUUCUGUGGGUCUACAUGUGGACCAUGCUUGGUCUUUUCUACAACUUUUACAGGAAGAACGCCAAGCAGGCCAAGCAGGCCAAGCAGGCCAAAGCAAAGAAGUUGCAGUAAAAACAAAAAAGCAUAGAAUAAAAAAGGAGAUGCUGGCAAUAAAAUAAAGAAUGGAAAGAAACAAUCGCUCUGGUCCAUCUUUUCAUUGCCGUCGUGUUUGUGCUUG